AUGAUUAAACAACAGCAACCACAGCAACUUAAGACACAAAGCACCCAGGUCCCUCAGACCAUUACAUACGCCAUAUAUGCAUAUAAUUCAAAGACGGCAGAACAAACGCAAAGGUUGAAAUAUGGAGAUUUGGAGAUAGUAUUGAAAAAUGAACAUUUCGAAUUCGUUUGCAAAGGUGGUGCAGUGAUAUCAAAUAUAAAAGAAAUUUUAUUUAUGAAUUCAAAAAUUAAAGGAAUAACGGAUGAUAUAACAUCAAUUCCACCAGAAGAACAAAGAUAUUACGCAUUAAAUGCAUUUCCUAAAGUUUUGAAGAUUGGAAGAUUUAAUUUAAAUGAGGAAUUCAUAAAAGGUUUCCUAAAUGACAUAAUGGAGAAGGCAGAUAAGGAAUAUGUUGCUGCUGCGUUAGAGAAGAAAGCGGAUAAGGAAUAUGUGGAUGAAAAAGAUAAUGAAAUUAAAGAAAUGGUUGAAUGGUAUCAUGAAUGGACAUCAAAGAUUUUAAAAACUAAAGCUGAUACAGGGUGGGUUUCAGGAUGUUUAGACCUUAAAGCGGAUAAAACAUAUGUUAACGAUGAGUUAAAUAAGAAGACAGAUAAGGAAUAUGUUAAUGAUGAGUUAGGGAAGAAAGCAGAUAAGGGAUGUGUUAACGAAAUAUACCAAAGUUUGAUAGGAACAAAAAAUAUUGAAACUAUUGUUGGCGACUUUUCUGUCAAUGAAGAAAAUAAAUAUUUUAGAUGGGAGUUUGUACACUCCUUAAAAAAUGGUAUACGGUGGAAACUCAUUCCGAAAAAUAACAAUGAAAUGUAUGUAAGUUAUAAAAAGAAUGAUGACACACAAGUUAAAGUUCCAUUAGACAACAACUGCUACUUAAACUUAUAUGGAGACGAACAAAAGAAAUAUUUAAGAGUUUAUGA